UUGUCAGUCGUACUUCGGGCGUCGCGCGCGAACAACACACCGAAAACCACCCGCGGGCCAGCGUGUCGUCGCCGGAUCGCGCCGUCAGCAGGGCACGGGAUCGUAGGUAUAGUCGUCGUCGUCGUCGCGUAGUAAAAAUAAUUUUUAAUAACAUUAUUAUCACAGUUAUUGGAAUCGUUUAUAAUAAUCAUAAUAUUUUUUCUACCACGAGUUCGAUUUUUCUAAGUGCCUAGUGUUAUCGAAAUAACUCUUUUCGAUAUUUUAUACAAUAAUAUAUUAUUAUAAUAAUACGUACGUCGUCGAGUCAUUUACAUAUCAUAUCGUUUCCGAUUUCGAUUCGUUCCGAGUACCGCAAAACCGCCGCCGCCGCCGCCGCGGUCGUGUUAUUGCCGUUAUUCCGCCGCCGCUGCUGCGACGACGGCGACGACGACAAAGACGACGCCGAUGACGGUGAACGAGAAGAACGCGACCGUCAAAAUGUGAACGACGACCGCCGCGACAAUCGCCGAGGGGAGACGACGCCGUUUUAUGGAACCGCGUGGUCGUCCGGUACCGGGCCAGUGGUGAACGACCGAUAGCCGCACUGCAGCAUCAGCCAUGUUCGCGGCCGCGUGGGUGCUGUUGGCCGCGGCCGUCGGCGCGGCGAUGGCCAGCGAGUACCCCGAACGCGAGUGCUGCGACCCCGUCGACCCACCGCCGGCGACCAUGUCCGCGACGACUUCCGACUACGCGGCUGCCGCGGGCCACGAGGUCGCGCCGCCCACGGCCACCGCCAUCGACGGACACCGCGGUACAGAAGAAAAAACGCCAACGGGAAGUCUGAAUUGUUUGUUGGCGAGAUCUCUAUGCAAUGAAGAUCCAUCAUGUUUUAAAAUUAUAAACCUCAUUCCAAGUCUAUGUGGAAACGAAAUAGUCUCGUGUUCGACGACUACGGUGAUAAAGUGUCGGGCGGCAUUGAAAACCCUUCAAGCGUUCCCGUUCUUCAAGCCGACGUGCCUGUGCCGAGAGCCCAAAAUCGAUUACGAAUGCAACUCCUUCCGUAAUUUUUUGUUCGACCAUCCGUGUAACUUCACACAGCGCAAAGAAUACGACCAGUUCCACAUCGAAACGCUAGCUUCGUGCAACCAUGCCUUGACUGUUUGUGAAUCGUCAUCUGAUUGCCGACGAAUAUUUGAAGACUUCAAGAACAACUGUAAAGUGACCAAAGACAAUACAUGCGAAACGAACAAACCAGAAGAAUGUCACAGAGAUUGGCUGCGUCUAAGGAAGACGCCGUUGUUCGGAUGCAUAUGCCCACAAAAUCAAGUCAAAAAACGUUGCGAUCGAAUUUUUUCGAUGAUCAACGAAAACCCUUGUAUCAGUUCGAAAUCGACACCAAUCGACAACUCAAUAUUGAACUUCCAAAGUACAUGUCACGAGGCGUUGGAAACCUGUAACAAACACCCACAAUGUCAGGAAAUGGUGGCGUCCAUAAUCCGAAACUGUAAUCAUAGACAGUGCAAAAAAGACAAUUGUAUGGAGUCACUGCAAAACUUUUACCGCAACGAAUCAAUGCAUUCAUACGCAAUAGAAAUCGCGUUUUGUCUGUGCAAGAAAUCUGGAGUCAAUAAAGACAAAUGUUUAAUAGCUCAAGAAAUGCUACAUCCAGAAUGCGCUCAGCGUGCGGACGGCCCAGCGAAGGUUCCAUGCCAUUUCUUAGCAGAGAGUUGCCGUGCGAAAUCAAAUUGCCGGUCUCGACUCGAAGCCUUCGAACAAACGUGUUCAGUGGACCAAACAACAAGCCGGUGUGCUGGACCACCGUCAACGUGUCGUGAGUCCAUUCUCGGUAUCCUAGGAACGAUGUUGAGGACGAAUUGCGCGUGUAAGGACACGUCUCCUUCUAAGUUCUACGAUUGUAUGGGAUGGCAACGGGUGUUUUGGUUCAACUCGUGUGUGGUUGAAGCGCAGAGGGAUUUCCAUAUGACCAAGAUAAAGGAUUCAGUGAGACUGUUAUCGCGUCACUUUUACACAACCACCGCAGUGCCGGUCGAUCAUUACGACCAGACUACUGCGAUUGCGGUCAGACCUCUGUCGUCGGCAGUGCCGUCGACCGAAGCAAUGGAAGUGCAAACUACGACCACGGUCAGAGUACUGAUAGCUGGGAAAAAAUUUCGGUCUGAUACCACGACCACUGCGGUCACCACGUCCAAAGCUACUACGACUUCGGUGGCAACCACCGCCGUGACAACAUCCAUCAGCACAGUUUCAACGACUGCAUCUACUACCCUGUCUCUCGCCUCUCAAAUUCCUUUGCGAGGUUGCAGUUUGCAGAGAUCGCCACACUACAACAAACAAUUCAUGUCUGAAGGUGACGUAAUCAGGCUACACAGUUUGGAGGACAACUCGUGCUCCGAGGUGUGCCACUGCAAGACCGGCGAAAGCUUGACUUGUCAGACCAUCUGCGUGGAAGUCGAACCUUGUGAAACAGAAAUAGCGUACUACCAUCAUGAGUCGCCAGCGUAUAUCGCAUUUCGCGGUCGUUGCGUGUGCUACGUUGGGCGAUUUAUUUGCAUGCGACCGAAAAUGGGUUCGUAUACGCUUGUACCGGGCGUGUUUCUAUUCUUGGGGUACAGUGAAAAAGACGAACAGCUGUUGAAAAGUUUGGAUAUUAUGAACUUUGAGAUAAAAGAUAUCGUUUACACUAUACAAAAGUUCAUACAAGAGCACAUGGUGUUUAACACUACAUGCAAAUUGCAACUACACAGCAUGUCAUUUGAGAAUAUGAUCAUAAUGGGAAAAGCGUCUCAGAAACUUACCACUGGAGGUUAUCUCAAAAACGAUGCUACGGAUAUCCGGUCUUCCGUUCUCCAAGAUAAUAUGGCGUGUUUCGAGAUCUUGAAGAACUUCUCGUAUAUGGUCACCACUCAAGCCAUGCAAGUGAAAACAAACAUGCUGCUGUCCGUGUUGAAAAUCGCCGAGGUCGACAUACUACUUCCGGUGUCCAAUUCGCGGAGCGCGAACUUGUCGCCGGACACGUGCACGGCAACGCUGUUACUGGUAAUUAUCGCCGCGGCGGUUAUAAUCUAGAGCCGAAGACUUACGGCGCCGCUCGGACGUUACGAUAAUACAAUUAUUAUUAUUAUUAUUAUUAUCGUUGUCGUCGUCGUCGUCGUUUUGUAAAGAACGAGAUUCGUCGAGUUUACUAUUUUCUUGUAAUUUUGUUUUUGUUUUUGUUUUAUAAUAAUAUUAUAAGUGUGAUACUCCGACUGGUACGCGAUGAUGAUAACAGUAGGUGGUUCGAUACGGCGUAAAUUCAAUACGAAUUUGAUCCAUACUAAACGUAUAAAAACGUAUUAUAUAAGUGUUAUUUUUAUGACUUGCGACUUUCGUCGUUUAAUAGACCGUCACUAUUCUAUAAAUGUUUUCCAACGCUACCGCAAUAAUAUUAUUAUUAUUAUUAUUGUAUAUUGUUGUCUCGACGUCGUCUCGUCGUUCCGCUGGACGUUUUCGCCACUUUACGGACAGUCUCGUGCGAUAUCUAUCCCCGCCAUUAUCGAUUACCGAUGUACGUAAUAGAUUCUCAAAACGGUUAUUAUUAUUUCAUGCCUUUUCGAAUCGCUCAAAUAUUUAAAUUACCACAAUAUACCAUAAUAUUAUCAUACGUUAGAUAUGUUGUUGUUUAUAAUAUUACGAUCGUUUAAUAUAACAUUAAUAUCAUAAUUAUUAUUUAUUAUUAUUGGUAGGUACAAUUCAAAACUCGGGUGUCUAAGAGAGAGUUUCACCUGUACUACCCAAUUGAUAUUAAUAUGAGAUUUAUUAGUGCGUUCUGUAACGUUUAACUAUAAUCGCACUUGUAAAAGUCGAUACUAUAAAAUUAUAUAGAUAUGAUGUUCCAACAAGUGCAAUAUUAAAUUGCACCUAUAUCGUAAUUUAAAAUAUAUUAAUAGCGCUUACACUGUUGCUGCUGCUGUCGUGGUGUCUGUAAGACGGGUGAAAAAACGCUAAAUUAAUUCGCUUAAAGAAUAACACGAAAAUUAUAAAAUUAUUAUUACUAUAGUGCGAAAACAGUCUUUGAAACUCGAAUAAAUUGCCCGGAGGCUUAAAAUAUGGCCAACCACUUCCCGGAAACUUGGCAAUUUGAAAUAUUAAUUUAGAAAACAAUGGCGUUGACAAUGUGUAUAUUCAACGGACGGAUAGGGUCACCUCAAAUAAUUUAAAAGCAGGUCAUUUUCAAAAAUAAAUUUUCCGAAAUCGUAAUCAUAUCAAUACAAUAAUACAAACAAUAAAUUUGUGUAUUCGUAAUAUAUUUGUGAUAUAUAUAAUUUUUCUGAAAAAACGUGUGUUUAUCGGCAUUUUUUACUCCAAAUUAUUAUUCAGUUAAUAAUUCCACUAAAAUUUAAUAAAACUGAACGCUAAUAUUUCAUUUUUGUUUGUUUACAAUAAUUUAAGACUUAAUCAAUUUUUUUAGCAAAAUAUCUUAAUUUAUUAAAGCAGUGACCAGAAAUCAAUAUAGACAAGUGACUUAUAUUAUAUUGAUUGUCAAAGAUAACCCUAUAAAAACAAAUACCCUAAUAACGAAACAACCUAAGAACUGAUUCAGACAUUUUGAGACUACCACUGAUACUGUGGUAAAUACAUAAUAUAACCUGGUACUUAGGACUGAAAACUAUGCAGCUCAUAAAUAUUUAAAAAUUACAUUGACCCUAGGGAGAUAACUGAUUGGAAUUAAUAAAUGAAAACAAACAGGCACCUUCUAUUCUAAGAUUGUUGAUAUUUUAUAUCCUAUUCUGCAGGUCUUUAAAGCAAGACAAGACUCUUUUUUUAUUAUUUAAUUAAAUUCAAAUAGUCUAAACGUAUGGUAUCUUACGUAUCUAUGGCCCAGCUUUCCUCAUUAAUUUAUAGCAUUAUCACAUAUUUCUUUAAACUUAUAUAGUUAUUUUUAUUAACUAAAAAAAAAAUUCACUGCAUAAAAUAUAUAAAAUUAUUAUAAUGAUUUGUAUAAUUACAACUUAAAUAACUUUAAUUUAUAAUUUUAAUGAUAAUUUAAUAAAUUCACUAAAUAUUGGUUUAUUUCCAUAUUAUUAUCUUAUAAAUAACAAGAAAAAAUUUCAAUAACGUAUUCUUAACAAGAUAGCUCAAUUAUUGUUGUAUGUUUCAUUUUUCAUUAUUGUUAGGCUAUAAAAUGAAUAUUGUCAGCGCCGUUUAAAGUAUCAUCAGAAAAACUCAAUUUCUAUAAUUUUCAUGAAUAUCUUUAUACAUAAUCAAACACGGAUUAAGGAAAUUAAGUGAACUCAAGUGGCUUAUUCUGUUUUUAACCUAAAAUUACAGAAACACGUGGAGUAGUAUAAAAAUCAUUGACGAUAAUUCCUCAUUUCCAGUAGCGCUUUGGCUUCCUAGUCCGACCAAAAAUGAUUACAACGGUAUUUAUUUUCUUUAAUACUAUAUCAUAUCAAAAUGAAUUUAAGCACUUAAAAAACCGUCGCAUGUAACAAAUUUAAUAUUAUAUAUUUAUUACGCCGUCAGAACGUCCUUCGACGAAUAAAUUUUUUUGAUCAGUUUUAUACCAAAACAGAUAUAUCAACUGGACUCGGGGUAUCGGUUCUAACGAAAUACGCGUAUUCGCGAGCAAAUAUUAUUAUCAUAUACUAACGGAUUUCCAUUCGUAUCGACCGGAUAUUUCGUUUUUAUAUAUAUUUUAUACGCGGUUAACUGUCAAAAAAGAGGUUUCACCCAAUUUCCCGUAAAUUCGGUUCGUCGGACGUUAUAUACGUGCGUCGUAUAAUACGUGGUUUACGCCCCGGUGAAGGUAUAAUAAUAAUGAUAAUGAUAAUAAUAUAGUAUGAAGUAGAGUGGGCUAUAUUAUGGUAUACAACAGACCGGUAGUGUUUUGCGGAGGGAUCCUGAGUACACACACGAGCUUGUGAAUAAGUAAAAGAACUGAGGUGGUGGUAUUUUACAGUGCUAUAUUGCCUACUAAAUAAUUAGGUACGAAAAGCCGACAGUAUGUAUAAUAACGAUAUGUGUGGAACAAAAUGAUUAUAUGCGCUCGCCUCGCUCGCUGUAGUUACAGUUUUAUCGGAAAUUUCGUCUUUCAAGUCCAGAUCGAGUCCAUUAGAGGCGACAGAGGUUCUUAUACUCGGUCGUGAAUCUCUGCUGAUGAAAAAAAGUUCAUGUUUUUUGUAAAAUAUUUACGUUUAAUAACUUUGUGAUUACUGUUAUUUUAUGAUCAAUGAAUUUGAAGUAAAGUACCUACUAAAAUCAUACACACAAUUAAAAUAUAAAUAUAUAAAAUAACUGCUCAUAAAUUAUAAGCCAUAUACAGAGGUACAAUAUAUACGCAAUAAUUCGAAUCCAAAAUAAUAAAAACCGAAAUUAAUAUACUAAUCGUUAUUAAACUGAAAUUAUAAUAACGCGAUUAUUUACACGAUACUAAUAUUUAGUUUUCGAGCUGGUUAAAGGUUAUCAAUUUUGAACAGUGUGUUAAAGAAAUAAAAAUAAAUUACGAUAUAUUAAUACAGAGAGCAAUAAAUACAGAAAUGAGAUUAUUUGUUACAUAUUAUUAUGCUACGUGAGUAUAUUGAUAUUUGAUUGUAACAACUAUUCAAAAAUAGUUUUACUCGUAUAAAUGUGUUGGGUUUUAAUUUUUAUAAUAAUCAAUCAAAUAUUUUAUAAUUUGGAAAUAGUUUAGUAUAAUAUUCGCAUUCUUAAAAUUACUGGUACCCCGUAUACCUUAAACCAGCCUAACAUCUUAAUGUAAAUUGAUGAAAACAUACAUACACUCACUUAAACAUUACUCAUUAAGAUAUAUUAUUAAUCAUUUAAUAACAAAAAGCAAUUUACAAGCAAUAUAACGUAUAACAAUAAUUUAUGAAAUACAAAUCAGGAAUCUUACGAAGUCUAAGGCCAAGUUAAAAUACUCGUUGCCACGUCGCACGCUUCACCACCCUCCAACCGCCACCCAUUACAGUGCGCUCGCCGCCAAACUCAGACGUGCGUAUCCAGAGCUCUACUUCGGUCAAGGGCCCGCGAUAAGGACGACGACAAACACGUGAUACGAAUUCUGAGUCACACAAAUGAAUGUGAGUGUGGUGAACAACGUUUAAUAUAUUAUGAAAGAGAAAAAAAGAUAGCAUUGUGGGGUAGUUGAAAAAGCCCAACAGUAAAAUGCGCGCAGGCUGCAAACUCUAAAAAUAAACUUUUACGCAGCGGAGGAGGAGGAGAGUAAAUACGAUUUAUGGUUUAUGACUUUUCAAUAUUGAAAAUUACUGCGCAAUGUAACUUUAUAUUAUAUGAACUGACAAACGAAAAAAUCGACGUCUCCCAAAAUAGGAAAUAUUCUACAACAAAAAUAAAGGAAAAAUAUAGCUAUGUGACUAAUAAUCAAAAUAAAUAAUAAUAAACUAUACGUAUGUUGUCCAGUGGCGUGAUUAAGAGGGAUAUCCGGUAUUGAUUUUCAAUGUAUAAAUACAAUUGUUUCGGGUAAUCUAAAGUCGGAAAAGUCUAUCCUAUUUGAAAAUCCGAUCAAGUUAUACAUUUUUUUAAUAGAGCUGAUGCUCUUUUAUAUUUACGAUAAAACCAGUAUUAGUUGAGGUAACUUACGAUUUUGACCGAAGAAGAUAGCUACAUUUUUAUUGUUACUAAAAUUAUAAUUAUAUUAUUUAUUAUUUUUUGGAAAAAAUAAUGAAAAAAAAAUUGAUUACUCUCAUUUUAUUAUUGUUGACAGACCAUUUAUCUAAAUUUGUCUUUCAUUAUUUAAAAUUCAUCAAGUAUUCAACGGUGAAUACUACUUCUUAAAAUAAAUAGGUGAAUAAAUUUUCUCGUUAGAAUCAAAGCAAACAUAUCAAUAAGAUGUUAAAAUCCGUGCUCAAUCUCAAAAUUACAUUUUUAGAUAGAUCGGGGGUAACAACACCAAAGAAUAAAAAUUGAUCAAUGUAGCAUAAAAAAUUAUGAUAUUUUGAUUAAAUAAUUCCUAUAUUAUAAAAUCCAUACAAAAAUUAGAUCUAUUUUGUAAUCUCUAAUAUCACAGCAAUUUAAUAAUAUAAAGAAAAAAAACCAAAACAUUAUUUUUCAAUGGCAGAUCAGAAAAUAAUACACAUAACCGUCAAGCAUACAAUAAACCGACCAAUAAAUUGUAAGGUCUUGGAGUAGAUAUAAAAAUAAUAAGAUUAUACAGUAUUAUUUUUCGAGUAAGGAUUUGUGUGUAUGCAAUUCAUGUCGCGUAGCUGUAUAACACUGUUUAAAAAAAUAAUAUUAUAAACUAUUGACUGACGUCGAUUCACCGUCCACCACUGCAGUAGUUUAAAAGUAAAAGCGUGCGUUUAAAAAUUUCGUGCAAAAUCAUUAUUAUUAUACCAUAUAAUGCAGUUACUUUCUCAUUUACCGGAUUUAAGUACUCCUAUCGCAUUUUUAUCGUUGUUUAUUAAUUAACUUUGUCAACUAUAUACGAGAGAUACGUAGCUCAGAAUAAUUAUAAUAUAACAGUAAUAAUAAUAAUAACAAUAUUAUCCACGAAAAAUUAAUAAUAUAAUUUAUAUUGUAAACAUUUGAUAAGUACCUACCUUUAAUUGGUGCUUUGAGGGUUCGUUAAGGUAUUCUCACAUUAUAUUUUUUCGGCGAUUUGUGUACAAUACGCUUUAAAAUGUAAAACAUUUAUUUAACGAUUAUUAGACAUGACAGCAAAUAAAUAAAUAAAUAUUAUAUAUUAUAUUAAAACUGUUUGUGCAAGUAAUUUUUUCUCGACAUGAAAAUUAAUUAACAUAAUUUACAUAAUAAUUAAGUAUUUUCAGUUUUCACCGUAUUUUUUUUUUUUUACAAAAAAAGCAAUAAUAAUAAAAUAUUAUGUUUUUUUUGCCCCCAAAACGAACCUUCGAAGUAAUUUAUUAUAAAGGCUUUCUGUAUAUUCACAUUGUGCGUGAAUUUUUGAGUAUAAAACGAUAUUUUUUGAAUCAAAAAAACAAAAAAUUAAAACGAUCAUUUACAGUACAUAUUACAUAUUAUACUCUGUUAGGUAGGUAUGCAAAAUAUAAAUAUUAUAUUACCAUUUAUCGUGAAAACAUGCUCGGUAAAUUUGGCUGAAUUUUGUUUGCGUCCAUGUUUAAUAUUAUUUAAACAAAUAACGAGUAAAUAUUUCUUGUUUCUACAAACGACUAAGCAACCAGUUUCGUUUUGAAUCAUACCAUUUUAAACAUUGUAGUUGUUUUUGUUCAUACCUAUUUAAUAAUUAUACCCAUUAUGUCCAAUGAAUAUAGGUAUUACUGCAUAUUUCUCAACUAUGAACGAAAGUUAUUGAAAUAGUACAAAAAAAAAAAAAGAAAGACAUUUACACCCAGAAAAAUUAAAAAUGUGGCAUAUAUAUUAUGUAUACAAACAUCUAUAAACAGUACGUUAAUUUACCUUACUCUGCUUAAACUAUAACCGAAAAAUUAACCAAACUUACAUCUAUGACUAUAUAACAUUAAAUUAUUAUAAUAACAUAACAACUGCAGAUAUUGCUCAUUAUAACUCGCCGCCACUUGUAGUGAAAACUAUGUCAGCACGUAUAUUGUUCUAAGUAUAUAUAUAUAUAUAUAAUAUAAGAUCGAUGAUGAUGACGACAAAAUCGUAUGGCAGUGGCGGCGGUGUACAGCAUUCUUAUAUAAAAUAGACUUUGACGUACAUAAUAAUAUUAUUUAUAUACCGCUCGUAAUAUUAUAACAACAACAUAUAUGUAGUACUGGCAAUAUAUAUAUAUAUAUAUAUAUAUACAGUAUAUGUUUGCCGUCGAUCGAUUGAUGUUUAAUUUACGUUGCGAAUUAUUAUUGCGAUAAUACCUAUAUAAUACCCAUAACGCGCAAGUAUAUAGGCGAACGAUUGACGUUGAAACACUCUCUUAAAGUUAACCCUAAGCGUUGUAUUUGGCCGUCGAGCGCAAUCAGAGAAACGAAUAUAACGCGUAUUAUAUUAUAUGUAUUAUUAUUUAGGUCAGGUCGCGUGACCUUGCUAAAAAACAUAAUAAUAAUAAUAAUAUAAUAUACCUACCCCGAACGCUAUACGCUAACGUUCACAUAAUAUUGUGAAGUGUGUAGUGCGUAUACGUACAACGGUUGGUUUCGAUCGCAUAUAUUAUUAUAUACGUACGCGAUAUCAACGGUUAUCGUGUGUACGCGUUCGUUGUUGUUACAUUAUUAUUAUUAUUAUUGUUAUUAGUAUAUAAAUGAAAAUAAGUAUUCACAGUGUGUGGACUUGUGUGUAUAGUAUUAUUUUACAGUCCGGUGUCCGUUAGCGACGUUCGUGUAAUAAUAACAGAUGGGUGAUAUUGAAACAAUUAUUAUAGGUCGAGUGUGUUGCUAUACCUAUAAAUAUAUAAUACGCAUACACAUAACAAUCUAAUCACAAUGUGAGACACGUACAACACUAUAUACGAAAUCGAUGCGAUUCUGCGUCGUAAUGCUGAGCUCAUUUUGUAAUAAGAAAUUUAGGUUUUACUUAGAAAAAACAAAAUAAAAUAAAAAAUAAAAAACUUAUUUUUAGCAUAUCAUUUAUCGAAUGUUAUUAUAAUAUAAUACAACAAUAUAUUAUAUAUACUUUGAGGGCCUAUAUAAUUAUAAGUGUAACACGAGUACCUAUACAUAUAUUAUUAUAAUAUUAUCUAGGAAUUAUGAAUUGUACAUUUUGUUGUUUAACGUUAAUUAUUGUACAUGUUAUGUCAUUAUGUAGUGGUUUAAAAAAGGUGAUGAUCAAAUUUUAAAUAAUUACGACAGCAGACGAAAUGUGUGCUGUAAUCUCUGUAGCGGACGGACCGGAAUAUCAUAAAUAUUAUAUUAUGUUUAAGCCGCGGUAUCGACAUCAUACGUAUAGUAUCAGAUUUUCUUGCACUCGUUAAUCGGUGUACAAAUAAUAUGCCAAACGAACCCAUUGCCACUCGUAACAGUGACGUGAAAAUAGAAUUUACUCGAUAAUACCGAUGCUGAAAUUAAUUUUCGAAACGCGCGCGUGUGAUAUUCUAGUAAAAUAUUAUGUUUAACAAAUGUCGAGGGCAUUUUUUUUUUCUAAAAAAUAUACUCAUAUUGCAACUUUAAAAUUAAUUUUUUAAACAACGAUAGGUGGUAUAAUCUAUACAUGAUACCUAACUUUUGCGGUCCUGAUGUCUUGGUUUAUAAAUUAAUUUUACUUUCAAACUUCAAAGUUUAGCGCAGUUAUAUAAUAUACUUUGUUUGACUAAUGCAAAUAUCAUGACCGUAUAACGUUUCAACGCAAUGUCAUCUGUAUGGCCAUAAAAUACAUUGCAAUCAUGUCAACGCAUUAGUGCACAUACGUCAUACGUGAGGCUCAGCAGACGUUGUAUGCGUACACGUCUCGGAUGGGAAUAGAGAGUAUAAUAUGUGGAUCGAAGCGAUACGGACGGAAUAUGCAAACAACGCAAACUCGCGUAUCGAACAAAAAACUGUUCGGACUUUUUCAUUUUACGGUGUAGUUAAUUAAAGAAAGUGCGCGGCGUAUAUAAGGACUCGCGAGACGUUACAAUCAUCAUAAUAAUAAUAAUAAUAAUAAUAAUAAUGAUAUAUAUAUAUAUAUAUAUAUUAAUAUAAUAUAUCAUAAUAUUAUUAUCAUUGUGUAAAAAACUUAUUUAUAUUAUAUUUAUGUUGUUUUUUUUUUUCUUCCAAACGCAGCAGGCAACUUCGGUUCGCGUACUUGAAAUAUCUCGUGAACGCAUAAUACCUACGUAUAUACAUUAAUGAUCUCUUCAACUUUUUAUCCGAGAUCAAGCGCGCGUCGUCUACAAAAUAUUAUACAUAUACUGCCGCGUACUAACCUUGUUUUUAAUGUCUCCCGAAGAAUUUGUCCGCAAAUUGAAAUUAUAAUUCCUCCGAUCACAGUUGUACACCUAAUAUUUUAUCACGUUCGUAAACUAUUCUAUACGACCGUGUAGGUACUUUGUCGAUUGAUAAUAAUAAUAAAUAAACUAUCGGUACUGGUCCACGUCGGAACAUCGAACAAUAUAUUAUUAUAAUACGUCGUACAUAUACUACACAUUAUACAGACAUGACUACACUGUCACAAUAUAUUACCUUUAUAUACAGCACACGCAUAUCAUAUAAAAAAUUUAAAUACGAUAAGGAUCUCGUUGUACACGGGGCAGGAUAAAGGAUUUUUCACCUGUCAAAAUUCAUCGGUCAUAUAAUGUUUUACUCCUUUUUUAUUUCAAUAACUUCUUCGAGGGUUACGGUUAUUAUCUCGCAAUUAAUAAUUACAGCUUAUGCCGCUUAUGGAAUUCAUAUUUAAAAAAAAAAAAAAAAUUGGUCGUCUACUAUCUAUAAAUAAUGCUGUCAAAUUUAUUAAUAGUAUUAUAAUUUAUGAUUAUUUUACAUUUACAAUUAUACAUUUUUUUUAUUUUUUAUUAUAAUUAUUUAGUUUUUAUUCGUUUACGUUUCAAAUAUUAAAAGUUAAAUUGAUUUUUUAACUAGGUUAUUUUCCACUAAAAUUAAUUUUGAAUAAAAUCAUAAUUUACAAAUUGAAAAUUAUCUAUACUUUCAUAUUCUGUAAAUUCGGUAUUCGCCGUGAGCAAUUUUCGAUUAUCCUGCCACCCCCUUGCCGACAUCAUAUAUGUCAUUCAUCGAUCGUCGGAGAGUCGUAUAUUAUAUUUAUCGCAGCCGUAGUUAUGCGUUGUUGAAUUGGUACGUUUAUGUGUUAUAUAAUAUUCAGAGUUUCGCCAUUUUACCAAUCGAUCAGUGUAAUGUCGUCUGAACACGAUAUCAUAUUAUUAUUAUUAUUAUUAUUAGGUAUCUGUAUAUGUAGGUACGGCUGAACGUUAGAAAUCGUGUUCGCGUGCAUACUUUAUCAUACACGACGUUAACUAUGCGCUGCUCAGGGCUACGCUAAACAGCAGAUAACUAUUUUCCAACGAUACGAUAGAGUUUUGGUUGCAGGACACCGACACGAUAAACAAUUUUAAUACGUACCAAUUGAAUUUCGUUAUAAUAUCAUAUUGGACACGUCGUCAAAAGGGUUCACCGUUGUAACGCGUUUGACGGAACUUCGAGUCUAAUAAUAAUUAUUAACUAUUAAUUGUUGUUAAUUAAAGGCGUCGACGCGUAAAAACCAUUUGAUCGCAUUAUGCAAAUAACGCAUUUAUAAUCACUAAAACUCUAUCUAUCUGUACCUCUUCGUGUAUUUUAAUGGAUUAUGAAUAUAAUUAUUUAAAAAUGUUCAGCUCAAUAACCGAAAUCAAUAUUAUAAAUGUCAACAGUGUAUAAUGUGCAAUACCAGUAUCUGCACUUAAGUCAACCGGUCGGGUUAUAAUAAUUGUACCCUCAUAAAUCAAUUAGCAGGGCUAGUGACAUAAAGCUCCAAAUAACUUUGCAAUAAUAAGCGCAAUGACAUAUCCUUAAAACGAUCGUAAAAAAAACACCGAGUAUACUCACUAAUAAAUUAUUAAAAUAUGCAAAAAAAGGUACAAUAAUUAUUAUAAUUUAUAGUUACGUUUUUAACAUCUCGUAAUGUAUUAGAUAUAUUGUAUAAGUAAUAUAUUGAUAAAUUCCAAUGUUAUAUAACUAUAUAAUACAAAAAACUUGUUAUUCAUUUAAUGAAUAAUUUUUGUUUUUGAUAUUAUUCGUUAAUCUAUCUGAAUCAUGAUAAUAAUAUAUUUACCGAAUAACAAAUAAUGAUUUUCUAGACGUUUUACAUUUUUUUCCUCUUAUAAUAAAUGACAAUAUAAACGUAAAUUAUAGCGUUAAAAAUACAAAAACAAUAUUAUAGCAUCAAAACUCCGCAAGAUACAUAAAUUACUAUAAAAUCAUAUUUUACGACUUGGAUAUCAGAAACGAAUUUAUAACCCACUUGGGUGUCUCAAAACAAACAUGCAAAUUAUAUAAGUCACGAGCCCUGUCUGUGUGAAAGGGACUGUAUUACACGGGACGUGUGAACAAACCUAACUCACGAUUUCGUCUCCCGGCUCAUAGUUAACACGUAAUAUGACGUGUCAUAAGCGUAAAUAUCUCUUAACUCGAUUAUAGGGAGUUAUAGCAUGCAACGACGCCACGUUAGGCGACUAUAGAUGCGUAUCUAAUAAAAAAGAAGACAUUUUUACUAAUUAUUGUUCUACGAUACACGACCUGUAUAAGAUAACUGUUUGCAUAUUAUUUUAAAGGAAUUUCAAAAUCGUCGCGAGUAAACAUCCACGAAAAUAGGAUAUAAUACUCGUAAAAACAGGACACCCCGAAUAGUUUUCAUAUAACAUAUUUGUAUAAGCUAUAACAAUAUUUAUGUUAUGUGGUUUAGAAGUAGGUAAAUAGGUGAUACGCGUAACAUAUUUUGUGACAUACUCGACGUGUUUGAUAUGCGUAGAAAGUCUGUGACAAAAGAAUUCGCGUCAUAACUAUCUGAUUAGUUUUUUUAUUUUUAAUUUUGAUUAAACUUGGUUUUUUUAUCCGUUUAGUAAGCAAACUAUACUUACGUCAACUCACAUUUCUUCAAUACAAUUAUUUUGCAAUAGUAAAAAUGAUAAUAAUCUAACAACUGUUCGUUGAUGUGAUCACAUCUCUCGUAUAACAUUUUUAAUAUAAUAUUAUGGACCGAAUUUUCGGAGAAAUUAUUAAUGAAUAAGAACUCGAUUCUUAGUAGUGGAUCGUUGUUAUGACUUUUUCAGUCCAAUAAUUUAAUUAUCUUUACGGAAACACGAAAAUCCCACCGCUCUGUUUAUUUUAAACACAAAAUAAUAACUAAAUCAUCUUCUCAGUAAAAAAAACAUUUUGUCCGCGGUAAAAAAUAAUGUGUUAUGAAUUGCUCAAUUUAACUAUUUGGUCUAUUAUAUUGUUUACACAUCAUAAUAUUAACAUAAUGUUGAAAAUCAGUAUAAUAUAUCGAUGAGAAAAUACACGUAUACGUAAUAUUAUACGAAUGUUGUUAGUACGCGGUUCACAGGUCAAAUCAUAUGGAUUUAAUCACUCGUGAAUAUCAAUAACGUUAUUUCGCAUUCAGAAAUAUACAUUUUUCAGACAUCGCGUGCUACUCAUUUCGGGCCGCGUUCUGGUAUACAAAUCAUUAUUAUCGUGGUAAACGAGUAUACGAAAAUAGACUUUCUGCUGAAUAAUUUAAACAAAGUUACCUGUAGUACAAAAUGCAUAUUUUAUCACAAUUGUGGAAAACGCCAAAUGAGUUGCGAACACCUAAGAACUGAUUUAACAACGUUAUUGUUGGAGUUUGUUUAAUCGGAUGAUAUCAUCAAUAUGAUAUUGUAAUUUAUUAUUAUUGAUUAUAUAGUAAUAAUGCGUAAUGCAAAUGUGUAAAAUUCACUAACAACGAAAAACAUUACAGUACAUUCAUUAACAAACCCAUCUUAUCACAUCGAUACCCAAUUAAAAUUAUAAAAAAAAUAUCUCAAAAUAUGUAAAUGAUUUUUUUUUUUAAAUAUAUUGCGAUCGUGGCGUAUUCGCGAUUCGUUCGGAAUACAAUACUGCGUUAGCAGUGGCUCUCAACCUCUUUAUGCUCACGGCACAUUUCUUAUAACCAUUAUACGUUUUGACGGAACACUAUAGUAAUAAAGUAAUAAAAAUGUUAAUAGAAAUUUCUAUUUUUAACACCUAAUAAUCUCUCGCGGCACACUUAUGUGCCGCGGAAUACCGCGGUUGAGAAACACUGACUUAUAGUACGCCGGCCGAAUGUAGUUUAACGUAAGACACAAUUAUUUUUCGAAAAACCAUUAACCGUAAUUAAAAUUAUUUCUUUUACGCGAGUAAUGUCAAAAACAAAAAUCGACGGAAUGAACCGAGUAUAAUAUAAUUGAUGAGUGUCUAGGUCGUCUUCGAAAAGGUCUGGUGGGUGUAGGUUCGGGUCUAUUUAAAAUGCAACGCGUGGGAUCCAUCUUGAAUUGCAUUAUAACUUGUACGUUAUAAUAUAACAUGGUAUGGUGCACGAUAUAGUGUCGUCGGUGGUUAUUAUUAUACGCGCAGAGGUCAUUAAAACUUUCGUGUAACGAUCGCGAUACAUCGUUGCACGACAUUUUAUCGAUCAUAUCGAUCGUUGUUUCUAUGAUUUUUAUUGCCGAUGGCAUUGUGCAGUGAACAUUUUUUGCGGCAUAAAUAUAUAGGUAUGACCAUCUGAAUGAUAAUCGAUCAACGGCACACGAUAAUAUUCGUCGGCAGUAACCUUGAAAACAUAAGAACUGUUACCUACUACCCCACGAAAAACAUCGUCACGUCAGUAUAGAUACAAUACAAUUUACGAUUUAAGACGAAUUAUUAUUCAUAAUCAUUUAUCAUUAAAAGUGUAUUUAAUGAUAUUAUUGUGAAGCUGUCCCGCGACGAAAAUCUCCUGUUGUUCUGUUUCUAUAAUUUUUGCAUACUUUCUUCUCGACGUAAUAAUUAUACAAAAUGCUAUAUUAUUUUUCAAUUAAUUAUACUAUCAUUAUAACUCACGCUUAAAAAUUCACGUCCAGCGAAUUACUCUUGAACUCACUAAAUUUUUCUCGCAGUUAGACGCAUGUAGUUUGGUCGAGCAAUUUUUUAAAACCAUUUUUUCUUAUAAACCGUGUAUCGUUAUUUCCUUAUCGUCAUUGAUCUAUAAAUUAUCUAACGCGAUCGGUUCACGCAACAAAUACGCGUAUUAAACAGAAAAAAUAAACAAUUUAAAUAUUAUUAUCACGGCGGUGACGUACGAAAACGAUUGGCUCGCCAAUUAUAUUAUACUCUAAAAUAUGCGAUCAAACGCACUGUAUCGUUUCAAAUGUAUAGAGAUCGUUACAUUAAACAUCAUACUUCGCCAUAAUUCAAUAUAACGCUCCCACGUAACCAUAUAGUAAUUAAACUAUACACACACACGAGGAUAAAAUCCAAUUUUGAUCACUAAUUAAUUAUUCAGACGUUUAAUAUUAUUGUUAUUAUAUGAAACCGGCAAUGUGACGCUGUACAUUUAUACGUAAUAGGUAUAUCACAAUAAUAAUACGUAUCUACGUUAAAAUAGGCAAAUUCGUCCGCUACGUGAUUGCAAUUAUAUACAGAAUCGAAGAGUGGUUAUUUAUUGUUUUUGGUCAUAAAUUAUUAUUAUUAUUAUUGUUGUUGAUGUUGUAUUUGCAGAAGUAUUAAGUGUACAAUAUAAUCGUAAUCGUACGAUAUAUUAUAGACUAUUAUGAUAUAUAUUAAA